AAAAAUGAAGACUCUGCUUGGGACUCUUUACCUUUUGGGCAUGCUGAUUCCUGGGGUGCUAGGAUAUGAUAGAUCCUUAGCACAGCAUGGGCAAGAGGUUGUGGACAAGACAGUGAGUCCAUGGAGGAGCCUGGAGACCUAUUCCUAUGACAAGUAUCACUCCAUGGAAGAGAUCUAUCAGUGGAUGAAUCUGAUAAGUGAGAAGUACACAGACGUGGUGACACAGCAUUUCCUGGGAAUGACCUAUGAGACCCGGCCCAUGUAUUAUCUGAAGAUCAGCCAACCAUCCAGUAACCCCAAGAAGAGCAUUUGGAUGGACUGUGGAAUUCAUGCCAGGGAAUGGAUUGCCCCAGCUUUUUGCCAAUGGUUUGUGAAAGAACUCCUACAAAACUAUAAAAAUGACUUGAGGAUAAGCAGGUUUCUCAGGAACCUGGACUUCUACGUGCUUCCGGUUCUCAACAUCGAUGGUUACAUCUAUUCUUGGACCACUGAUCGUCUUUGGAGGAAAUCCCGUUCACUCCACGAUAAUGGCACAUGUUUUGGGACAGAUCUCAACAGAAAUUUCAAUGCAUCCUGGUGUAGUAUUGGUGCAUCUAAAAAUUGCCAAGAUUUAACAUUCUGUGGGACAGGACCAGCGUCUGAACCAGAGACUAAGGCUGUCUCCAGCUUUGUAGAGAGCCAGAAGGAGAACAUUGUGUGUUUCCUGACCAUACACUCUUAUGGGCAGUACAUUCUCUUGCCAUACGGCUACACCAAAAAUAAAUCAAGUAACCAUGAAGAACUGAUACAAGUUGGACAGAAGGCAGCAAAUGCAUUGAAAGCAAAGCAUGGAACCAAUUAUAGAGUUGGAUCAAGUGCAGAUAUUUUAUAUUCCUCAUCAGGGUCUUCAAGAGACUGGGCUCAAGACAUUGGGAUCCCUUUCUCAUACACGUUUGAGCUGAGGGACAAUGGCACAUAUGGAUUUGUUCUGCCAGAAGCUCAGAUCCAGCCCACCUGUGAAGAAACCAUGGAGGCUGUGCUGUCAAUCCUGGAUGAUGUGUAUGCAAAAUACUGGCUCUCGAACAGUGCUGGGAAGGUGACCUCCAUCACUGUGGUGCUGAGUCUGUUGAUGUCUCUGAUUGCUCUUCUCUAAGUACAUCCUACCA